GUUACACCUUGUGAGGGGGCUUUUCUUAUAAUUCUUCUAAUACGCUCUUUUUUCCCUCGUUCAUUUCGCAUACUUUUUGGACAGCGAGUCCCCUGUUUUUCCUCUUACCUACAACAUAAUGGCUGGCGACCAGACGGGCAGAUAUGGCACUGCGCGCUGCGCUGCUCAACCCCAAGGCGACAGAGACAGAAAUGCGCACCAGCCUGCAGAACGCAGACAUGCGGCGGCGGGCAGUUUCUGGGCAAACUCGGCCGCCGCCGCCGUUGCAGCUGUUUCCGUCGCAAACGCACAUGGCAGGCAGCGCAGGCAUCGGUGUCAGGGACGCCGCCCAGCAGCUCGCGCACAUUAUCAGCAGCACCGUCCUUUAAUGGCAUGCCGUAUACGCCGUUGACGGGGCGGACAUAUUCGAUGGACACACCGCAGACCGGGCGGGCGCCGCCGCGGGAGAGCAGCAUGGCGACAAUAGGCGAAUAUAUGCCCCCGCACCUGCAGGCGAUAUCAGAGGCCGGCGAGGCCCCGGGCGAGCGCACUGGGCGGGGCAAAAAGGGCCUGUUUGGCGGAUUCAAGCGCGUCGCGCAGGCAGUGAAGACAGCAGCAGGCAGCUUUGAAGCAGUGCGGCGCGAGCCGCAAUACGACAUGGCGGUAAAUAGUGCGUCAAGCGGGUCAAUGUACGAGCAGCGCACGGACAGUCUGAACCGGUUCGGCACGCCCCUGCACAGUCCUGUGAGCGCCCCGCAGACCGCCACAGCAUAUGGCGCUGAGCGGAUCGAGAGCCCGCGGGUGGCACGCAAAUACUCGCUGUUCCGCAAGGCAUCGGGCCGGGUCUCCAGAAGGUCCAGUGCUGCGUCGACGCGGUCCGGGCGGCGCAGCGGGAUGACGUCGCCGCUGCGCUCCCAAGGCUCAUACGAGACCAACGGGUUGGAGCACCAGACGUCAACUGAAACCAUGGAGAGCGCUGCCGGGCUGUAUCCAAUGCGCAACCGGUCGACGACUUUGCCGCUGGGCGACGGCAGUGCCCCGCAGAGCCCGCCGUCCGCCGUGCAGUGUAGUGUGCCCGAGACUCUGCGCAGACUCGAUGUGCAGAUCACGGGGUCGCCGGUAUUCGACACGUUCCCGCGCACCUGCAACUGUCGAGUCACUGGAACGUGGGGGAGUCGGACUCGGCGCAUGUCAACGCGGCCACCCGUAACCAAUGCCUUUGAGCCGCCCCUCGAGCCCGCCCAGCAGCCGUCCGAGUCGCCGGUUCUGAUUGACUCGCAGUACCACAGCGUGGUGAUGAACGCCGACAAGCUGCAGCAGUACCUGAAGCAG